AUGGCACCCGCAGCAGUGGAGACCAACGAACCACCUCAACCAACAUCAGGUCUUCUGGCCGCACAACCAACGCCCGGUCCACAAUGGACAGUCGACGGUGUCCUCGCUACCCUCGAUGAAAAGCCAAUCCCCAACUCGAACUCUCCUCUCGCCUUCUUCCACAUCCUCGAACGCCUCAAGACGACCAAACGCGAAGGCUGGCGCCGCUUCGACAUCUUCCAUGGCGAGUCCAUUGCCGACCACAUGUACCGCAUGUCCAUCAUCACCAUGCUCUGUCCACCAGCUCUCGCUUCCCGACUUGACCUCUCGCGAUGCACGAAAAUGGCGCUCGUCCACGACAUGGCGGAACUAUUGGUGGGAGACAUCACGCCGGUAGAUGGAGUGGAGAAGAGCGAGAAGUCAAGACGGGAAGCGGAUACCAUGGAUUACCUAUGUGAUAAAUUGCUAGGGAGUGUGCACGGCGGGACAGUCGGCAAGCAAAUACGGGAGGUGUGGCAAGAGUAUGAGGAUUCAGAGACGUUGGAGUCGCAUUUCGUGCACGAUGUGGACAAGAUGGAGUUGUUGCUGCAGAUGAUGGAGUAUGAGAGGCAGAACAAGGGCAAGGUGGAUUUGGGAGAGUUCAGCAGAGUGGCGAAGAGGAUUGUGUUGCCUGAGGUGCAGGAGUGGGCGAGUGAGUUGUUGGUUGAGCGGAAUGAGUUCUGGAAGAAGUCGGGCAAGGAGCCGAGCGGUGUGCUGGACAUCAGCGAGGAGUUGAGGCAACAGCAGGAUGCGUACUACGGGAACGGCGUGAAUGGCAAUGCGGCUCACUGA